UGUGCGGUGAGAGCGGCGGGCCCGGGAUCCGGCGGCGGCCGGGGCUGGGCGUCCUGGGAGCGGGGACCGCGGGCGGGCCUGGCCGAGCCUCCCCGCCUGUGCACGGCCUCUGUGUUGCCGUCAUGGAGAACAAGGGUAAAAAGAAGUUCGUGGGGAAAAGUGGGAAAGGACCUCGUGGAAAAGCGCCCCAUGGGAAGAGGAAAUUUAAAAAAGAUAAUGAUUCAGGUCCACCAAAGAAAGUCUUUAACAAAGGAGAUGAGGAGGGAAAGCCUAAAUCCAUUUCCAAGAAAUUUAUUAAAGGACAGUUGAGACCUGGAAAAGCUACAGUCAAACAAUUCAAGAAUAAACAGCAACCAGAAAAGUUUGCAAAGAAGAGAAAACUCCAGGAUGGUGAAGAGGGAGGGUCAGAGUCUAAGAAGCCAAAAUGGAGUGAAUUCAAAAAGAAAAGGAAAGAGUUAAAGCAAACCAGACAAAUUAAUGAUAAAAAUAAUUAUGACCUAAUUGUAAAAUCAAAACAAAUAUGGGAAAGCAUAAGAAGAAAAAAGUGUGAUAAAGAUAAACGAGAAAAGCUGAUGAAUGAGCUACAGAAGCUUCUUCAUGGGAAAAUUAAAAAUCUGGCAUUUGCACACGAUUCAACACGAGUGAUCCAGUGUUUUAUUCAGUAUGGUAAUGAGAAGCAAAGGCAAGAGACAUUUGAACAACUGAAAGAUAGCCUAAUAGAGUUGAGCAAGUCAAAGUAUUCCAGAAAUAUUGUGAAGAAGUUUCUUAUGUAUGGGACAAAAGCACAAGUUGCAGAAAUAAUAAAAAGUUUUAAAGGGCAUGUGAAAAAGAUGCUGCGUCAUGCAGAAGCAUCUGCUGUAGUGGAAUAUGCAUAUAAUGACAAAGCCAUUCUGGAGCAGAGGAAUAUGCUGACAGAAGAACUAUAUGGGAACACUUUCCAGGUUUACAAGACACCGGCUGUCCCAACACUGGAUAAAGUGCUAGAAGCUCAACCUGAAAAGAGAGAGGCCAUCUUGGAUGAAAUGAAGCAGAUUCUUACACCAAUGGCACAAAAAGAGGCGGUGAUAAAGCACUCACUGGUACAUAAAGUAUUUUUGGACUUUUUCACUUUUGCUCUUCCGAAACAAAGAUCUGAAAUGAUAGAAGCUAUCAGAGAGGCUGUCAUCUACCUGGCACACACUCACGAUGGAGCCCGAGUAGCAAUGCACUGUUUAUGGCAUGGCACUCCCAAGGACAGAAAGGUCAUUGUGAAAACUAUGAAGACGUAUAUAGAAAAAAUAGCAACGGGUGAAUUUUCUCAUCUGGUCUUGCUGGCAGCAUUUGAUUGCAUUGAUGACACUAAACUUGUGAAGCAGUUAAUUAUAUCAGAAAUAAAGGCUUCUUUGCCCGAUAUAAUAAACAACAAAUAUGGAAAGAAGGUCUUGUUGUACUUGCUAAGUCCUAGAGAUCCUGCACAUUUUGUUCCAGAAAUCAUCACACUUCUGCAACAGGGAGAUGGAAAUGCCUAUAGUAAGAAGAAUACUGAACUCCGUCGCCAUGAACUCCUGGAAGCCAUUUCCUCACCUUUGCUAGAAUAUUUGCAAGAACACACCCAAGAAGUAGUGAUAGACAAAGCUACUUUUGUCUUGGUUGCUGAUAUUUUAAGAACAGCUCUUGGUGACAUCCAGCCUGCGCUAGAUGCAAUUGCUCAGUUAGCAGCAGAAGAGCUGGUCCCAGGGGGCCGUGAUGGACAGCUUCACAUUGCAGAACAUCCGGCAGGCCAUCUAGUUUUGAAGUGGUUAAUAGAGCAAGAUGAAAAAAUGAGAGAGAGUGGAAAAGAAGUUUGCUUUGGAAGAACAUUGGUGGAACAUGUUGGUAUUGAGAAUUUGAAGACCUGGGCAGAAGUAAAUCGAGGUGCCAUUAUUCUUUGUUGCCUUCUCCGAAGCACUGAUGAAAAGGUGGCAAGUACAGUCAAAAAAGGACUAAAAAAGCUCAUCCCAAAGCUGAAGCAGAAUAAAAAUGUAAAAGGAAUAGAAGCAUUGCUGGAGAAAUUGACUUCCUAGUGUAAAUGAACCUAAAAUAAUUAUUUACAUCAAUGCAGUGAACGGAGAUUUGGUAAGAUUUUGUACCAUGGUUUUAAGAAGCAGAGUAUGUCUUUGUAUAUUAAAUAAUUUCUAAAACAACUUGUCAUUGUACUCAUUCUGUUGUGCACAAUAGAAGAUUGUUCUCACAGAUUGAAAUCCCAAGAUUUCAGAGCUAAUGGAAACUUCUGAACACAUAAUCAAGGCUUAAAUCUUUCCUGAUAACUUGUACAAAAAUGUUUUAAGUGUUGUUAAAAUUUGCAUGUAUGGUGUCAUGGUUACCAUAGAAACACAAGCAUCUGUUCUGGACAUACUGUGUUUGGACAACUCUAUUUGUUUUAAUCCCCUUCCCUUCUGGUUUCCUAAAAAGAAAAACCAACCGGGAGAACUACUUAAGUCCCAUUCUUACCCUGUGGUGCAGGCUAUUGUCCCUAGGAGCUAACAAGAAUAGAAUGAAAAUAGUGUCUCUGACUUCUUUCAGAGAAGGUCCUGAAGGAACAGCUGACUGUUUCAAUGGACCACAGUUAGGUUUCACUCAAGUAUUUUAAUAACACACUUUUAAGCCCUAAUUAAACCCAAGGGAUUUGGGGGUGUUUUGGGGAUUUUUUUGUGGUAGUGGGGGAGGAGUGAAUUCACUUCUACAUGAUGCCAAAUCAGUAUCCUGUUGAUUUUUCCUGUACAUUAGUAUGAUCUAGAAAAAUGAAGUCAAUAUUUUAUUUUCUCCAUUUAGGAAAAAAUCCAAAACUUCCUUCCACAUGGAAAAACUUAUUCCACAUGGAACAGCCACCCUGCUGGUGGUCAAGGUUGUGCUGAUAGACUGGUCCAAGCACAGAACCAGAUAGAUUAAAUCCCCAGCUGUAGGAGUCUUUACUGUUGUGUAGCUUGACAAGAUGUGGCUCCAUUUGUAAUAGCAGAUAGUUAGGCAUUGAUUCUCCUAAGGCAACAGCUUCUUCAGCAUGAGGUACAAUACAUCUACCCCUGAUUGGUUGCCAGUGGUAAACUGGUUUACAUUCCCCCAUUUUACACACUUUAAGCCAGUCUCCUAAAUUACUGUGUUUAUUGACAGAGGUCAACAUGAUCCACCACUAGACUUGCACUCCAUUGGGAACUGCAGUGCUCAGCACACAUCACAACCAGAUUACCCAAUGUUAGACUCAGGCUUGAAUGUGUAUCAUGAGAUAAAAUACUCUGAUUCUCUAGGGAGCACCUGUAUGGCCCUGAUGUUAAAGCGCACAAAGCAUCAGAUUCAUGUAAGCACACAUUCUUACAUGGCUGUUUGCUAUUCAGCUUAUCAACACCUUCUCUAGCUAUGACUUAAUUUCAUUGCUCCCAUAUGUCUCUGCCAGGUUCUAACCAUGAGAUUAUUACCCUCACUAAUCUGAAAACAGAAGGGGAUUUUUUUUGCCUCUCUGUUUUGCUCUACCACUAGAGCAACAAAGUUUGAGCUACAAAGUUGAUCAAGGAACUGGAGGAUCUCUCCAGGGAAAAGCUGGAGGAACUAGGCCUGCUCAGCCUUGAAAUGUGACUUGAAUGAAGACCUUAUCAAUGCCUGUGAGUGUCCGAAGGGAGGGUGCCAGGAGGAUGGGUCCAAGUUCUUGGUGCUGAGCAAUAGGACAAGAGACAAAGGGUAAAAACUGAUGCGCAGAAGUUCCACCAGAACGUGAGGAAGAGGUUUUUUGUGCAGUGGAACAAUUUGCUCAGAGAAAUUGUGGAGUCUCCUUUCACUGGAGAUAUUCCAGAACUCUGGACACAAUCCUGUGCUAGGUGCUGUAGGAUGACUUUGAUUGAGCAGGAAGGUUGGACCAAAUGACCUACUGUCCCUUCCAAACCGAUUCACUCUGUGAUUCUGUACUUCUGUUUAUUCAGCAUAAAUAUGUUGCAUAUUUUGUUCUGGCUUUUUUUUGUUUGGCUUUUUUGGCAGUAACUUAAACUUAAUAACAAUUCAACUAUCUGUUGCUAAUUAAAACAGUCUGUUUUAUUUUCACAAAAGAAAACUGUAUUACAGACACUAGUGAGCUGCAAUCUUCAGUAACUGAGAGGAUGUGUUUAAAAGCAGGAACACUUAAUGCCAGGGCCAAGCCAGUCUAAUUGGGAUUAUCCUUUAAGUAUUUACACCUACUCAUAAACUUAGGUGGAAUUAGAGGGGAGCACAGUCAGCAAAGUAUCAGUAUCAAAUCAGCAGAUGCAAAUAAACAAACUGUUAGAAACCAUUUUCAUGAGUAUAACAUUUAUAUACUGCCCAAAAUAGCAUAAGUAAACUACAAAUUACAGUCAGGUUUAAGAUUUACUUGUUUUUAUGAAUUCACCUAUUUGAUAUAAUUUUUUUUAACUAACCAAUACUGCCCACAGACAGGACCAGUGAGAAGCAAGAGAUUGUUUAUAAAGAUGAAACAGUGCAUUUCACUGGUUUAAACUAUACAGACUUAAACAUACACAUCUAGAAAAUGUACUUCACUCCAGCAUCUGAUGGUAAUGGCAUUAAGUGUUCCUGCUUGUAAACACAUCCUCUCUGUUACUGAAGAUUGCAGCUCAUUAGUUUCUGUAACAGGAUUUUCUUUCGUGACAAACAGAUCGGUUUAAUUAGCAGCAGAUAAUAAACUUGAACUGCAGUGAACUGUUUCUAAAGAAGUCUCAGUUACUGCCAAAAACCCAACCUGAAUGAAAUAUGCAACAGCUUUGUGACUGAAUAAUUAAUGGUAAAAUAAAACAGGGAGAAGAAAAAAACCUGGUACAACCCAUCUUAAUUUUUGGGUUAUUAAGGGAAGCUAAUACUUAGAAUCUGGCACAGACAUACUUUCAAUCAAGAGGAUUACAGGAAGCAAUGAAAAUAAGUCAUAGCUGGAGAAGAUGCUAAUAAACCAAACAGCAAAAAGCCAUGUAAAAAUGUGUGCUUACAUGAAUCUGAUCUGAUGCUUUGAUUGUGUGCUUUAGUUAUGGUUGCUUUAGCUGGCUGUGUACCAGGCAGUUUAUUUGUAUUUUUGAGUCUGCAUACAUCAUUUAUUUUAAGUUAUGUAUAGUAAUUUGCAGUGACUAGCUGUUAGUUUUCUUUACCACAAGCUGAGAAAUGCUUCUCUUCAUUAAGUAGACAUCAGUUAAGGUUAUGCUGUAGUUGCCACUGUUUUCCUACCAGAGAACAUAUAUCUUACUGUUAAGGUGUGUCUUUAACGUCAAUUGAAAACAAAUGCUGGAAUAGCCUAAAUGGAAGGAGAGGAAAAGCAGGUUAUGUGGAGUAUGAAAGAUUGUUUCAGUGGCUUAAGCUAUGUCAAGGAGGGGUGUUUUUCCUGGUGAAGAAAUUGAUUGGAUGCAGUGCCAUAUCUGUCCCAGUCUGCCGUGGGUCUCUGCGGCUGUGUGAAGGCAGAGAAGUAAAUUUUUGAAAGAUUCUGAAAUAACAGUGUUUUUUUCUUGGUCUUUGGGUUUUAUUAAAGUGUAUGCUUUUUAUUUUGUUUGAUAUGUACCUUUUUGCCUACUUUAGAUUAUAUUAUACUUCAGGUUAUAUAUGCUCAAAUUAUUGCAAGCAUCUUAAUAUAGCUUGUAGUAUUUUUUUUAUUGCCAGGAAAACAAUGGAAGUGCACAGAAUUCAAAUAAGUUUUUUUGUCUGCUACUUGCUCAGAAGAAAGGGUGUGCCAGCAAUUACGGGGCAUUUGUUUUAAAGCCAUUUUCCCAAUGUGAAAUGCCUGUCCUUUGUGACUAGCCUGCACCUCUCACUUUACGUAGCAGAAGUUGGAGGGUGAACCAGUGCUGUGAAUGCUAGGACAGAAAAGGUGGUAAUGAUUGUUUUAUUUUUUGUUCUUAGAAGACAUAAGACCCCUUUUCUUGUUAUUGAUGUAUAUUACUGUGUAACAGUGUAUUUUCCAUUGCCUUGGAAAUAGGAGCACGCAGAUGGGUGCAGUUGGACCUUAGUAACUCUUGGUUUAAGGUACAGAAGAGUCAACCUUCCCCUUUGCUGCUGACAACAGGAUCUACCAAGAGCAUGCAGUGUUUUGCUUUCCCACUGAGUCCACCAACUUACCUUUUCUUCAAAAGUACACAAUUACUUUGGGUGUGUUUCUGAGUGCAGAACUGAGGAAAAAGUGAGAUCAGCACAAAAUGCAGAGUGAUUGAUUUAACUGGGAAUAAAGGAGGAAUGUUUGGGAACAGUAUACACAUUGCUGACAGACUGUGACCCAUAAGCUAUGAGACUUUCUUUCUUAGUCCUGUCCAUCUCUUGUCUAGUUGGGGUGUAGACUGUCAGAAUGGACACAAGGCCAUGUCCACAUAUGCACACCACUUGAUACUUAAAACACUUCCAUGUGUUCUCUUUAUUCCUGUGUUAUGUUUAAAAAAAUGAUUUUUCAUAAUCAAAUGUUAGAAGUGGUGGCGUUUUAAUUUCUUACAUCUUUAAAGAAGAUUAAUGCAAGAGUUCAUAGCAUUAAUCAAGACGUAUUUCUUUCUGAUUUCUUGGGAGAAAUCUGUACUGACCAUUUAACAUUUGGCAUUAUCAAGAUCUUUGCCAAAACCCAUUCAUUUUGCCUCAGUGUGUAUCACAUUGGUCGGCUGCUUUGUGAAGACACCAGAGUUCAUUUACCCUUAACCAUAUUAUUCUUCCAUCAGUUUCCUCGUUUUCUGCUUGGGGUUUAAAACUCUUGCACUGAGUAGCUCCCUUACAUUCACCAUUAUGUCAAUUGCACUUUUUAAAUAAUUUUUUUUGUUGUUUAAAGACCAUCCUAUAGUUUUAUGUGUCUUCUUUUAAGAUCCCAUACUUUUAAGAUGUGAAACCUUUUUAAAGAUAAAUAAAUGCCUUGUGUUAACCAUCUAAUGAAAGAGGAA